CAAGAGUUGUCCGAGAUCCAGGGCAUGAUGGACGAGGGCUUUGCCAAAACGCAGGAGCAGCUCUUCGCAAUGGAUGCGGCUGCUGCGAACCGUACCGGCGAGCAGACCAAGCAGAUCUUCGAGAAGAUCGAUGCAUCCCAGAAGGAGCAGAAUGCCCGGCUGGCUUACAUGAUGCAAGCCGCGCAGUGCGACAACAAGCUUCAGACGAAGGAGUUGAAGGACUUUGUUUCCAACGGCCUCGACAACUUGCAGACCGCUGUGCUCAGUGGAACAGGACAGCAAAUCGAUGCAGCCGUCUCGAAGAUGCAGGCCCGGUUCCGCCACGUCCUGAUUAGGAAAGCUGUCCAGCAGCAGCUGACGCAGCGCUUCGACAAAGUCGACCAGCAUCUCGUGAAAGUACAAGGACAACUCGAUCUGGCACUGAAGAACAUCGAUGUCGUCGACAAUAGGAUCAAGGAUCUGGCAAAGCAGAGCAGCAGGCAGUUCGAAGAGCUCCGUCAUGGGCAGCAACGGCAAAUGACCGCCCUCCUGGCGGUCGUCCAGAAGCUCGAGGUCUUGGAAGAGAAGAUCGAUGACAUACCCGUGGCUGUCAGAGAAUCACGCUUUCAGGACUUCAUCUAUGAGUUCGAGAAGCUGUCGCUGGCGCUCAUGGACAUCUUCAAGGAGGUCGAGGAUUUCUCCGCCAAGAGGCGUGCGGAUCUGGAGCACAUGAAGACUACCCAGCUCUCCUACCAGUCUUGCGGUAGCCAAAUCGAAGAUGUGAUCCAGGCAACAAAAGCCGUGAAGGAGUCCUCGGCUCAAGCCGUGGCGCUGCUUCAGAAAUCGUUCAAAGAGGCCGUUCUGCGGUUCGCAGAAGCUAGGCCACAAGCCUUUGAAGCCCUGAAGAUCAUGGCGGCCGUCUUAGGAAAGGUUCAAGCGACGCCAACAAUCGACCAGCUAGCAGAUGCUUCCAAGCUAGGUCCGCAACUAGAACAUGAGCCAUUGCCAAGGACCUGGGGCCUGUGGCUGAUCUUGACCCUCUUUGCCCACGAAGCCAGUGAAGAGAAGCUGAAAAGCCAGGCUGAUACGCUUGAUCCAGACGCCGUCCUGGUCAUGGAAGAGGUAUCCUUGGAAGAGGCCCAGGUUGUUCGGCGGAACCGGCUUUUGGAUGCUCAGGAGGCUGCAGCUGGCAUCACUACCUCAACGAGACAGGAUAGCAGCAAGCAGCCCGAGUGUAAGACGCGUGUCCACUGGCUCCGUGGCUCCACAGAGCUAAUUCGAGGCCUCGCUGCCUCAGCCGGCAAGUGCAUCUCGUAUCAAUGGAAGGACUCCCAGCAGCUCGGCUGCGUGGCCUCCGCUUGGUGCUUGAUCGAGCUGCCCGCAUUUGUCCAGACUGCUGUGCACUCGAUCGACAGUCGGGUGGUCUCAAAGUGUCUCACGCUGCCGGAGAAGUCCCUGCAGCUGGCAGCGUUGCUACUCAUUGCAGUGGUGUCCAGCAUCCGGCUUCCACUUAACGCCCAGAACAUUGCCAGCGAGUUCUUACGGAAAUUCCACGGGCAGCAGCAAGUGCUGAUCGAGAGCCUCGCCAGUGGCGGAGAGGGCCCUUAUGACACCAUCGCGAGGUGGCUGCACGAGCCACUUCUCGGCCUGCCCAACGAGCACGAGUUCCGCUGCCUGGUGUCCUUCAUGAUCGGGCAGUGCAUCAAGCCGCCCCUGGCGGCGCCUCCCUCCCUGGACCUGGAGACCGCCAUGGCGCCAAGGGGCAAGGAGCUGGUGUCCCAGAAUGCAGUCACUCUCCCGCCGCUGGACUCGAAGGCUGGUCGCACCAACGAGGAGCCUCCUGCCCAAUCCGACGGUGGAGCUCUGGGUGCUCCGCCGGUGGCGGAGUGUGGCCCCCCACCUGCAGCUCUCAUAGACAAGUUAGCGCAAGAGGUGCUCAAGGAGGACCAGCGGCUGCAAGAUCUCACGGGGCCCAAGAAGGAAGGGCCCAUCUUCAGCACGAUGUUGUGUCAUCUGCUCUAUGCCUUGGCUGUGAUGGUACCCGCGCACCCCAAGGAGGCGGCUCAGUCGGUCACCGUCCGAGGUGCCGCUUUCGCGCAGUUGAUCAAGGUGCAGCAUAUCGUCGCCCAGCAGAUACAGCCGAAGGCUCUCUACGACCCAGCGGAUGCGGGUCGAGCAAAGCUCUUGCUCUACGUCAGGGCCACUGCCAGCGUGCGCUCUGCCCUGCAGUCCAUCAUGGCCUCCUGGUUUGCCGCAGACUUCGGCGCACGCUUCGUGAUCUCGGAGGAAGGCGGGCAGGACUUCCUCCGGUACUGCUGCAAGCACAUCACCCAGGCGUACAACCACAAGACCGCGAUGACGAGAGUUUUGGGUUCCCCUUGGGAGAGGAUCAUGCUGUCCCAAGGCCGAGCCGUUGGUUUUGUUCGGAUGUACUGA